AUGAAAUGCAAAAUUCCAAAAUUGGAAAUAAAUGGUAGCGAAGUUAUCCACUUUUUUGACAAGGCGGAACCACUGAACUGCGAUUUAGAAUCGAAAGAUUGGAUUUACAUGGAUUCUAAUCGAAUCAUAAAAAUUACUAAUGAUGCGAUUAGUAAAUAUGGUGAAAUAAUCUGUACAAUGAAAGCUUAUCGCUCGCCAGAUGAUAUUAAGGUGAAAUUUGAUGAAGGAAUUGAAUUUCGAAAAGAGGUUCAGCUGAAUUCGAGUGAUUUUGCUAAAUUCAUUUGCAAAACUUCAUCCGAAAAUGGAAGAGUAUUGCCGAUAUGCUAUUCCUUCGCCUUGAUCAUAAAUAUAAAUAAAAAAGCUGAUAAAAUUUUGAGGAUACUUUCUCUCAUGACAAUCGCUCCGCAGAAAGAGCGAAUAGGGCAAUUGACGAAAAUCAAAAAACCAAACGAUUGGUCAGGACUCGACGUAUAUUUUUUAGGAUUCGACUCGGUUUCGCAUAUGACUUUUCGUCGAAAAUUGCCUCUCACGGUGAAAUUUCUUGAAGAGAAUUUGAAUGCGGUUGUGCUAAACGGUUAUAAUAUCGUCGGAGACGGAACACCUCAGGCUUUCAUUCCAAUUUUAACGGGAAAGACUGAAGAAGAACUACCGCUAACGAGAAAGCGUUUUAAACGAGCGCGUUUCGUCGAUGAAGUCUAUCCAUUUGGAUUUAAAAAGCAACCGACAGAUCAUUAUUUGCGAACAUAUUUCAUUGAAGCUGAAAAGCGUUGCAUGGAAAAUUCGAAAUGUAAAUGUCUCGACUCGAGAAAUCUUUACGAAGAUUGGUUUCGCUAUACAAGUGAAUUUAUGUUACGCUAUAAAGCUUUGCCGAGAUUUCUUCUGGCACAUCAAUCACGAUACAGCCAUAAUUAUUUGAAUUUGGUUGAAUUGCAAGAUGAGCAUAUUGUUGAACAUUUUAUAAAACUACUGCAAACGAAUGUGCUAAAUAACAGCAUUAUUGUCACGAUGGCUGAUCAUGGACAUAGAUUUGAAAAAAUCCGACAAACACAUCAAGGCCAACUUGAAGAACGAUUACCUUUCUUUUCAAUUGCAAUGCCACGUUGGUUUCGAGAAAGUGAUAAAGGUCGCACAGCUUGGAAAAAUUUGCAAGAGAAUAAAAACAGAUUGACGACUCCCUUUGAUAUACAUGCAACAUUAAUGGAUAUAUUACACUGGCCAAGUGAAGAUGAACUCAAACGACCGGGAGAUUUGAAGAAACGGUCUUUAUCAUUAUUCCGACCCAUUCCAUCUUCAAGAACAUGCGCUCAGGCAGGAAUAGAUCCGCAUUGGUGUACUUGCUUAAAAUGGAAAAGUGCCAUGAGUCCCGAUCAGAUCAACAUUUCAAAAAUGCUCGCUGAUGUUGCUUUAGAUACCAUAAAUUUGCAUACUGAGCCAGAGAGAAAAAUCUGUGCUGAACUCCAUUUGGUACCCAACGUUUCAACGAUCUUUUUAACAACCAAUCUUACUGAAUUAGCCACUAUAAUAAUCGACAAUUUUUCCGGAAUGAAUCCAGCUCUUAUUGUUUCUAUUGGUCCUUUCCUUUAUAUCUCGUUUAUUUUACACAGAUUUACAGACUCCCAUAUCGAUUUAUCAAUAUAA